AUUGAGCUCCAUAGAGACAGCGCCGGGGCAAGUGCGAGCCGGGCGGGCGCUGGGCGACUCUGUGCCUCGCGGACGAAAAAUAACUAGACAUGGGCAAAGGGGACCCUAAGAAGCCGAGAGGCAAAAUGUCAUCAUAUGCCUUCUUCGUGCAAACCUGCCGGGAGGAGCACAAGAAGAAGCACCCGGACGCUUCCGUCAACUUUUCAGAGUUUUCUAAGAAGUGCUCAGAGAGGUGGAAGACUAUGUCUGCUAAAGAGAAAGGAAAAUUUGAAGACAUGGCCAAGGCGGACAAGGCCCGUUAUGAAAGAGAAAUGAAAACCUAUAUUCCUCCUAAAGGGGAGACAAAAAAGAAGUUCAAGGAUCCCAAUGCACCCAAGAGGCCUCCUUCGGCCUUUUUCUUGUUUUGUUCUGAGUAUCGCCCAAAAAUCAAAGGCGAGCAUCCUGGCUUGUCCAUUGGCGAUGUUGCAAAGAAACUGGGAGAGAUGUGGAAUAACACCGCUGCGGAUGACAAGCAGCCUUAUGAAAAGAAGGCUGCCAAGCUGAAGGAGAAAUACGAAAAGGAUAUUGCUGCAUACCGAGCUAAAGGAAAGCCUGAUGCUGCAAAAAAGGGAGUUGUCAAGGCUGAGAAAAGCAAGAAAAAGAAGGAGGAGGAGGAAGACGAAGAAGAUGAGGAAGAUGAGGAGGAAGAGGAAGAUGAAGAAGAUGAAGAUGAAGAAGAUGAUGAUGAUGAUGAAUAAGUCAGUUCUAGCGCAGUUUUUUUUUUCUUGUCUAUAAAGCAUUUAACCCCCCUGUACACAACUCACUCCUUCUAAAGAAAAAAAUUGAAAUGUAAGGCUGUGUAAGAUUUGUUUUUAAACUGUACAGUGUCUUUUUUUGUAUAGUUAACACACUACCGAAUGUGUCUUUAGAUAGCCCUGUCCUGGUGGUUUUUUCAAUAGCCACUAACCUUGCCUGGUACAGUAUGGGGGUUGUAAAUUGGCAUGGAAAUUUAAAGCAGGUUCUUGUUGGUGCACAGCACAAAUUAGUUAUAUAUGGGGAUGGUAGUUUUUUCAUCUUCAGUUGUCUCUGAUGCAGCUUAUCUGAAAUAAUUGUCGUUCUGUUAACUGAAUACCACUCUGUAAUUGCAAAAAAAAAAAAAGUUGCAGCUGUUUUGUUGACAUUCUGAAUGCUUCUAAGUAAAUACAAUUUUUUUUAUUAGUA